AAAAAUCUGUAAAAUACCAAAAUCCCAAAUUACAGAGGCGCGCCAUUUCCACUCUCACACUCUCAGCAUAAACCCUAAAUUCCAAAAUCCUAACUUUCCACUGCAAAAUCAUGCUACUCCAACCCACUGCUCAAAUUCUUCCCCCAAAUUAUCACCAGAAGAAUUCUAAUCAUUUGCAGAUUUCGAGCUCGCUCUCAUUGUCGUCUGGGCUUCAAAUUUCUGCUUUUUUUCAUAAACAGCCUAAUUUAUCCAUCGCUUUUAAAACCCUCAACAAUCCAGCGUUUGUCACGUGCUCGUCGGCACCGCAGCCUUACAGCUAUGGAACUGUUGAUUACGAAAAUAGGCCGAUGGUGAAAUGGAACGCUAUAUUCAAGAAGAUAUCGUUGUUGGACAGCUCGGUUUUGGAUGUGGGCGCUGCUUCCGUGUUGAAUCAGACGGAAAAUGAGGGAAAGAAGCUAUCCAAAUGGGAGCUCUCCAGAGUGGUGAAGGAGCUCAGGAAGUUCAGGCGCUUCAGAUUGGCUCUUCAGGUUUAUGAAUGGAUGAAUAAUAGAGCAGAAAGAUUCCGAAUAACCACAAGUGAUACUGCUAUUCAGCUAGAUUUGAUUGCUAAAGUGCAUGGGAUGUCAAGGGCUGAGCAAUAUUUUCAGAAGCUCCCAGAUGAUUUGAAAGAUAAGAGAAUAUACGGAUCCCUUUUGAAUGCUUAUGUCCAUGCUAGAAUGAGAGAGCAAGCUGAAUCUCUGAUGGCUGAAAUCAAGAAUAGAGGAUAUGCUAGUCAUCCACUUCCGUAUAAUGUGAUGAUGACUCUCUAUAUGAGUUUUAAAGAAUACGAAAAGAUUGAGCCACUGAUAUCUGAAAUGAAGGAAAAGGGCAUAGCAUUAGAUUUGUACACAUACAACAUUUGGAUUUCAUCCUGUGGUUCUUUGGGAUCCCUGGAGAAAAUGGAACAAGUUUUUAAUCGUAUGCAGCUGGAUACCACCAUCAAUCCCAAUUGGACUACGUAUAGCACAAUGGCCUCAAUGUAUAUCAAGUUUGGGCAGUUCGAGAAGGCUGUAGACUGUUUGAAGAAGAUUGAAAGUAGAAUGACUGGUCGGGAUCGUAUGCCAUAUCACUAUCUCAUGAGUCUGUAUGGCAGCACUGGAAAUAAAGAGGAUGUCUAUCGAGUUUGGAACAGCUACAAGGCUUCAUUUGUCAAUAUUCCAAAUGUGGGCUACCAUACUAUGAUCUCUGCUCUAAUCAGAAUGGACGACAUUGUGGGUGCUGAGGAGUUAUACGAUGAAUGGCUUGAAGUGAAAUCAGUAUAUGACCCUAGAGUGGGAAAUCUUCUCUUGAGUUCAUAUGUCAGAAAAGGGCUUUUCCAGAAGGCAGAGACCCUUUUCGACCAGAUAAUUGAGGCGGGAGGAAAGCCUAAUUCUAUGACUUGGGAGAUCGUCUCAGAAAUCCAUAUCCAAAAUUCAAGGAUUCCUGAGGCUUUAUCUUGCUUUCAGAAUGCUGCUUCAACUGAAGGCUCGAAAAACUGGAGGCCGAAGCUGACCAAUGUCUCUGCCAUUCUUGAUUUUUCCGAGAAAAAUGGUGACAAUGCAACAAAGAAUGCCUUGAUAGAGGUCCUGAGACAAGUAGGCUCCCUUGAAGAUGAAGACUAUAUGUCGAGUUUAGCAUCACUGCGUGAUCCAUCGACCAAUAACAGAGAUUCAUCAACAGAGGAUAGAGUGGAUAGUCAUGAUGACGAAGAUGCAGAUUUUGCACUUCUAAACAACUCCAAGGAAGCUUGUGAGGGCCCCUCUCUCAUCUCUUUCGGAAUAGUUUAACAUGCACAAGGGAGGUACUGCCGCAGUUCAAUUAUGGUGUUGGCAAAUUUAUAAGUAAAUAUUGGGAUUUAAUCAUGUAAUAGCUACUGCUUCUUUCAGUAUCAAGAGUGAAUUUUGAACUUCCUCACAA